AUGCGAUCACACGUUGCCCUGGGCCUGAUUCUGCUCCACGCGUGGCCGCGGUCUCAUUGGCGCUCAGCUGUCGGGGACGCGCCGGCUUCGCUACCGCUGCCAGACGGGGAAGAAGACGUGCUGGCCUCGCCAGUGCCGGCCUCGACGCCGUGGCCAGUCGCGGCCGCCCUGCGCAGCCCUGGCGGCCGCCGCACGCGUGGCCUCGGCGCCGCCGCAGCCCACGCCAGAGCCAGCGCGGCGCGCCUCGGGUGUGCGCCGAGGUCAAAGGGGCUGCCGACGAGCCAGUCGCACGGGGGGCCCUGA